AUCGCCCCGCCCUAGGCCCCGUCGCUUUCCCUACUCUUACUUCCGGGUUGCAGCCCAGUAAACAUGCUGGGUGAUGCGUUCCUGCAGUGUGUACAUGGCGAUAUCAGAAUUGGAAUCUAAAGUAGCCAACUGAUGUAAAUGUGAUUUCUCAUUCAUGCGUCAAUCUUAAUGACACAUUUCAUUUUAACGGACUACAAUAUAAAGACGUUUACUAUUCGAGGAUCCUGAUCUAAACGAAGACGAUGGCCGACCUAGAAAUGCAGCCAAUAACAGAUGAUACCUCGGACGGAGAUAGGAACACGGUCUUGAACUAUCCAAAUGGAUCAAAUGAUAAAUCAAAGCUGCCUUUGGCUGAUUCCCCAUUUUAUGACCAUCGCAUUGAAAGUGGGUUUCAUCAGAGCACAAGGACCUGCUGUCUGAAAGUUAGAAACGCCAUGCUGCACAAUGAUUGGCACAAGGCAGGCCAGUACAUGGCCAGUUACUUUCAAGCAAUAGAGGACACAAACGUGUCUGUUGCCCAGCAGCACAUAGAGAUCAUUUGGAAAACAGGAACAGACAUUCUCCACCAUCUUCCGAAUGUAACGAUGGAGAACUACAACGACUUCUAUGAACAAAUGAAGCUCUUGGGACUCAAUAAUUACCUCUUGGUUAGCCUGGAGCACAGUUUUCACCUGAUGGUAAACGGGCAGCUUGAAAAGGCCAGGCAUCAGCUGUCGAUGGCUGAGACCUGGAGGCACGGCAGGCUGUCUGAGAGCCAGUCUCAGAGGGUCAAACUGGUGCAGGCCUACCGCAGCCUACUGGACUACUUCACCUGGUGCGACAAGAGGGAAAACUUCUCCACAGCGGCAGCUUUAAGUACUGAUGAAAUGGCCGCGCUGGACAUGGAGACCGUCUACAAGAAGUCCACUGUGAACUUGAAGGAGAUUUUGAAGAACCCAGGUGUAUGGGAUCCCUUCAUACUUUGCUACAUCGAGAUGCUGGAGCACUACCAGCAGCACGAUGAGAUUUCCAAGAUUCUGGAGGACUACGCCUACGACGAGUCCUUCCCUCCCAACCCCAACGCACACGUCUACCUGUACCGCCACCUGAAGAAGACCGGCGCUCCGGAGAAGAAGCUGAGGCGUGUUUUGAAGGUUCUGCAUGACCUGGUCCCAAGCCACGAGCUGAUGCCCGAGUACUUUACUCUCCUACUCCGGUCAGAAAAAGAGGAGGACCUUCGAAAGGCGUUAGACGUGUCUUUACUUAUGCUUGACUACGCCUGCUGGAAGAUCAACUUGGCCGCAUGGACGAGUUUGAAGGCCGCCAUCAUCAAACUGAAACAACAGAACGUGGACAACUGGAAGGACGUAGUUGGUGACAGCAUGGCGUCGAGGCGGGACUGGUGGCCGGCCUUUCACUUCACACACUUCCACGCCAAGGAGGACCUGACCACGGACCAGGCACUGCUGAAGGUCAAAGCCUGGGUGUGCAGGCUCCUGUUCCCAGCAAACAAGGUCUACAUCGUUGAAUGGCUAUCCCUGAAAAAAACCCUACCCCAGAAAGAGCCCCUACCCCAGAAAGAGCCCCUACCCCAGAUGGAGCCCCUACACCUGGAAAAGACCCUAAACCUGAAAAAGACCCUACCACUGAUAGAAACACUACCCCUGAAAAAAAAAACGAAUACUGAAAAAAAAAAAAAAAUCCUGAAAAAACACCAACAAACCUCUAAAGCGAUCCCUUAGAUUAAAGGAAUACUUCACCCAUUCAGAACCGGCGUUCUAUCAUUAUAAAAUCGCUAUUGUAAUGUAUAUCAAAAGAUUUUUUUCCCCUCAGUCUAACCCAGUCUUCCCCCUUGGCCCAGCUCUCCUGAUCUAAUUUUCUCCCGAGAUGACGUCCAAUGACGCGUUUGACGUCAUCUCGGGAGAACUUUGCCUGUUAGAAGGGCCAAGGACUACAAACCACCGCAAAUUUGUGAGCCCACCAAUAAAGAAUGAGGGGGAGGGGCGGGAGCUCGCAUACGAGAUGUAAACACAAUGUCCGCCAUGUUUCUUCACCGCUUAGCUAGAGAACAAAUUUGCAAUGUGAAAUAGCCAAAGUGGAUUUUGAAAAACCUAUGUUUGGAUUCGGGCAUUCAGGGCUAUUUGUACGAGCCAGAAUACAGCCAGGAAGAAUUGACACAAAUAGAGGAGUAGGCUGCUGCGGCUGCAGCUGAACAAGCCUUGCCUGUUGCCGAGGACGAGGACGAGGAGCCGGUGCGCGCCGGUUUGCUCUGUUCGCCGAUAGACACUAACGCAGAGUCCCUGUGCUGCAGCGAGUUUCAGCAAUGCCAGUUUCUUCUAGAAUAAAUGGCUGAAUCUGG